AGCAGGGAAGCCCAGGCCGGGGAGGAGGGUGGAGGCCUCGGGACGUGGGGUGGGAGCGUGGCGGUGCCUGGGGGUGGGGGCUGGGGGACGGCGGGAGAGGCGGAGCCGGCCCCAGAGGCCCCUCCCCGCGGCGGCUCGGCGGCCCGGCCUGUUAUUCCCUUCGCCGCUCGCUCCGACCCGCGCGGCUCCAGUGGCUCGGGAGUCGGCCCCGCAGCUCCCCGCCCGGGCCUAGAGCCACCUCUGAGCCGAGGCCGGAGACGGAGCUGGAGCGGCUGUCGCAUCCCGGCCGGCCCUCCCCCCCUGUCCCUUCCUCUGGCUGGACAUCUGGACCCUGGGCCCCGCACCACCAGGAUUCCGGAAACCCUCCCCGCCCCACUCCACGGCCCAGCCCCGCACGGCCCUCCCCCCAGACUCCCCUGCCUCGACUUCCGUCUACUCCUGGACCCCCUGCUUCCCGUCCCUUCCCUCCGCCCCCUCCCCAAGCCUGGACCCCGGAGGGAGGGAGGGGGGUGUGCGCCCUGCGCCGUCCCCGCCCCGCCCCCCGUGAUUCCCCCUGCAUGGCUGGCCCGGGUGGAGGGUGUGGGGGGGCCCGGGCGCCAUGCGGGGGGGUCACAAAGGGGGUCGCUGUGCCUGUCCCCGUGUGAUUCGAAAAGUGCUGGCAAAAUGCGGCUGCUGCUUCGCUCGGGGGGGACGUGAAUCCUGUUCCAUCGCUGGCAGUGAGGGGAGCAUGUCAGCCUCUGCUGUCUCAGGCCUGGCUGCCCUGUCUGGCCCCAGCUCUGGCCUCAGCUCUCAUCCUUGUUCUCCGGUGCCCCCUGCACCGGUAACUGGCCUGAGGAGAUGGUUGGAACAUUCUAGACAUUGUCUCGGUGUGGAAACUGAGGCAAACAGUGGUCAAACAGGACAAUAUGAGAGCUGGAUGCUGGAGCCGACUCUAGCCACAGGAGAGGAGUUGCCAGAGCUAACCUUACUGACUACAUUGUUGGAGAGACCUGGAGACAAGGCGCAGCCACCUGAAGAGGAAACUUUGUCUCAGGCUCUUGAGAGUGAGGAAGAACAGAAGAAGGCGGCCCUGGAAAGAAGUAUGUUUGUCCUGAGCGAGCUAGUAGACACAGAAAGAAUGUAUGUGGAUGACCUGGGGCAGAUUGUCGAGGGUUACAUGGCUACCAUGGCUGCUCAGGGGGUCCCUGAGAGUCUUCGAGGUCGUGACAGGAUUGUGUUUGGGAACAUUCAGCAGAUCUAUGAGUGGCACCGAGACUAUUUCCUGCAGGAACUGCAGCAGUGUUUGAGCGAUCCUGAUUGGUUGGCUCAGCUGUUCAUCAAACAUGAGCGCCGGCUGCACAUGUAUGUGGUAUACUGUCAGAAUAAGCCGAGGUCAGAACAUGUGCUGUCAGAAUUUGGAGACACCUACUUUGAGGAGCUCAGACAGCAGCUGGGACACCGUCUGCAGCUCAAUGACCUCCUCAUUAAACCGGUGCAGCGAAUUAUGAAAUACCAGCUGCUGCUCAAGGAUUUUCUAAAAUAUUAUCGCAGAGCUGGGAUGGAUACUGAAGAGCUGGAGCAAGCUGUGGAGGUCAUGUGCUUUGUACCCAAGCGCUGCAAUGACAUGAUGUCCCUGGGAAGACUUCGGGGAUUUGAGGGAAAACUGACUGCUCAGGGGAAGCUCUUGGGCCAGGACACAUUCCUGGUUACAGAGUCUGAGGCUGGGGGUCUGCUUUCUUCCCGGGGUCGAGAGAGACGCGUCUUCCUGUUUGAGCAAAUCGUCAUCUUCAGUGAGGCCCUUGGAGGAGGAGGCCGAGGUGGCACACAGCCUGGCUAUGUAUACAAGAGCAGCAUCAAGGUGAGCUGCCUAGGACUGGAGGGAAGCCUCCAAGGCAAUCCUUGCCGCUUUGCACUGACCUCUAGGGGGCCAGAAGGUGGCAUUCAACGCUAUGUUCUGCAGGCUUCAGACCCUGCAGUCAGUCAGGCCUGGAUCAAGCAAGUUGCCCAGAUCCUGGAAAGCCAGCGUGAUUUUCUCAAUGCAUUGCAGUCACCCAUUGAAUACCAGAGACGAGAGAGCCAGACCAACAGCCUGGGGCGCCCCGGAGGGCCUGGGGUAGGGAGCCCAGGGAGAAUGGCGCCUGGAGACCUGGCCCAGGUCAGCAUGCACACACCCAUCAAUGGCUCUCUUCCUUCCCUGCUGCUUUUGCACAAAAGGGAGGUGCCUAGAGCACCCUUGCCCUUGGAUACACAGGCUUUCAGUGAUACCCUCCAGACUCCUCAUGGCUCUCCAGCCCUCCCAACUAUGAGCACUCCUCCCUGCCAGGCCAGGCUUGCCAAGCUGGACGAAGAUGAGCUGUGAGGGGUGAAAGCCUUGGGAGCAGUGUUGACUGAUUCCUCCAGGAAUUUGGGGAAAAUCCUGGCGAUGUGCCAGAGUCCCUUCCUCCUGGUGUGUGGAAGAUGGGAAAGACUGGGAGGAAGAUUAACAUGAACCUAGAAAGGACUCUUUUCUGCCCAAGGAACACAGGAUCCGGCAGCCCCACCCCAUGCAUGCACCAUGACCCCCUCAACUGGAGGAUGUGUAGGGGAUUGGAGGGAGGGGUAGGGCAGGGACCAGAUAGAAAUUAUCGGGUUUGGUUGUGAUUUUGUUUUCUGGUUUUCUGUGAAUAAAAGUUUUGCUAUAUCA